CAGCUCGAGCUUUUGUAUUAUUUUUGUCCAUGGUCUAGCGCAGCGACUGUACGACUACGCGUGAUCGCUCUGUAUUCUGAGGCAGCUUGAGAAGGAGUUGACGAACUCAGACUUCUCCCCUGCCACCCUGGAAGACGUCCCAGGGAUCAGAGGGGUCCAUUUUUUUGGGACCCCCAGUGUUUCCGAAGGAUACACUGUCCUUUUUGUGGGUGACGGUGGAGUUUCCACUCCCCCUAAGCCAUUAGAUAGUUUCGGUUUGUGCCGAAGCCGCGCAGCGCUUUUUCUGCUUUGUGUGACUUGCGUGUCUAUCUUUCUGUCACUCUGUCUUCCUCUUACUGAAACUAACAUGGGCCAAUCUCUAGUAACUCCUCUGAGUCUCACUCUUGACCAUUGGCAGGACGUCCGGAACCGAGCGGACAACCGAUCGGUGGAAAUUAAGAAGAGAAAGUGGGUCACACUCUGUACCACGGAAUGGCCAACGCUUGACGUUGGCUGGCCCAAAGAAGGGACAUUUAACCUUGAUCUUAUCUUACAGGUGAAAUCACGAGUCUUUAUCCAAGGUCCUCAGGGACACCCUGAUCAAAUACCCUAUAUUGUUACUUGGGAAGAUUUAGCCUUCGACCCACCUCCUUGGGUCGCCCCCUUCUCCCUGCCUAAACUCCCUCUCCGCCCUCUCGAAGCUUCACUUUCGCCUUCCGCCCCACUUAGUCCGGUACCUGCUCCCCCUCCCAAGACUUCUAGACUCUAUCCUAUUCUAAGUAAACCUGAAACUUCAGCACUAUCAGGUGCCAAAUCAAAGAAGGUCUUGCCGCCAGAAGACUCAACUCUAAUAGACCUGAUGACUGAAGAACCCCCACCCUAUCAGCCCCAACCUUUACCAGCCCCUGACCCUGUCCAGGCAUCCUCAGAAGAAGAAGAUCAAGAAGAUCCAACCACCAACACUCCUCUAGGUCCUUCUCCAAUGGUGGGAAGACUCCGGGGGCGACGGGAGCUCUUCACCUCAGGGGACACCUCUAAAGCUUUCCCCCUACGACAGACGGGGGGCCCUAAUGGCCAAUACCAGUACUGGCCUUUCUCUGCCUCCGAUCUCUACAAUUGGAAAACCCAUAACCCCUCUUUUUCUAAUGACCCUGUAGCCCUAACUUCUCUGAUUGAAUCUAUCCUAGUGACUCAUCAGCCAACCUGGGAUGAUUGCCAGCAGCUUUUGCAACUCCUCACUUCAGAGGAGAAGCAAAAGGUUCUCUUAGAGGCUCGUAAAAAUGUGCCGGGGGAUGACGGGCGUCCAACCCAACUCCCAAAUUUGAUAAAUGAAGCUUUUCCCUUGACUCGACCAGACUGGGAUUAUACCACUGGUGCAGGUAGGAACCACCUACGCCUCUAUCGCCAGUUACUCAUAGCGGGUCUCCAUGGAGCAGGGCGGCGGCCCACCAAUUUGGCUCAGACUCACUCACGUGCACUGCAACUGGUCCAGAACGAGGUCUGGAAGCCUUUAGCAGCAGCAUAUAAGGAAGAACUCAAAAACUCCUUGCUACCACAUCCCUUCAAAAUUGGAGACAUCAUCUGGGUACGCAGACACCAGAACAAAAACCUUGAACCGCGAUGGAAAGGACCCUACACUGUCCUGCUGACUACUCCUACUGCAAUCAAGGUGGACGGUAUCGCUGCUUGGGUCCAUGCCUCCCAUGUAAAAGCUGCACAUCCACAAGAUCAGAUGACCACACCCCAGGAUUCAAAAUGGAAGCUGCAGCGCACUCAGAACCCGUUAAAGAUAAGACUUACCCGUUGCUGA